AUGGACACCGAACCAAAGCCAGCGUGUGUUGUGCAGCAGGCUCACUGCCCAGGAAUGAAGUGCCCUCCUUCAGAGGACUUUCCUCCUCAGAUAAGACUGUCUGAAAAGAUACCACCAGUGAAGCCUUGCUUCAAGAAGAAACAGCAAGUGCAGAAGAGACUGGACACAGAAACUCUCCGGGCUUUGCGGCCAAUCUUUACCAGUUUGCUGGGAGCUGGGACCUUGGAUAGGGUCUUCGUGCCCCGAGGCCAAGGUGGUGGUCAUAGUGAUUUGUGUGAACCUGCUGUGAAAAAGACCCUGGAACUCAGUACUUCUUGCUCCCAACCAGAAAGUAAUGUGACUGCGUUGAUGCCAGCAGCUCCAGAUGUGCAGGAUCAACUGCCAGUAGCUCCUUCUGGACAUCCUGAGCAGGAUGUCCAGUCAGGAGAGCAAGGCUUCUCACCAGAAACUACUCCUGGAACUGCUGCUGCUAACAGUAAUGAUUCAUUCCAGGAUCAUCCUUUGCACCCAGCUUCUAGCGAUGGUGCAGCUUGUCCUUUGUUCCCAGACAAGAUUCUGGAAAACUACACAUCUGGCUUAUUCCAAGAGAAUAGCUGUCCAAUGCAAUACAAUUUGAACAUAAGCAAUAAAUUCAGUGCCGGGAUAUUCCAGGAUAAAAGUGAAGAAGCUUCUCUUGAUCUGGUAUUUGAGCUCUUGAACCAGCUGCAAUAUCACACCCAUCAGGAAGACGGAAGAGAAAUCUGUGUGGAUUUUCUCCAGGGCACUUGUGUUUAUGGCAGGGAUUGUCGCAAACAUCACACAGUCUUGCCUUAUCAUUGGCAAGUGAGAAGGACAGCAACCCAGAGCUGGCAAAGUGUGACCAAUGAUUCCCAGGAGCAUCUGGAGAGACUCUACUGCAACCCUGACAAUGAUAGGAUCAAAGUGAAAUAUCGGGGACACGAGUUUUGGGUGGAUUUGAAUGUUAUGAAAGUGUAUGAAACUGUUGAGUUUGACCAAAUGAGGCGGCUGUCCACACCUUCCUGCCCCAGCUCCAGCUCCAACUACUACACGGUCUGGAAAUACUUCUGCAGGGACCACUUUGGUUGGAGAGAAUACUCUGAGCCUGUUGUAAGAUUGAUAGAAGAAGCCAGCUGCCGGGGGCUGAAGGAGGUUCGGUUUGUUACCUGGCAUAAUCAGUAUAUCUUAAACAUCAAAGAUGGAUUCCAGCAAAACGCGUGUUUCAGAAGAGAAAUCAAGAGGAGACCCCUUCUUCGCUCAUGCAUCGUGCUGAUGCCAUUUUUACAGACCUUAGGUGGCAACCCUCCGGUACCCUCUCCAUCAGCUGAACCAGCUUCCUCGCAGGUCUUAUCUCCAACUGCUGUUACCUCUCCAAACUUCUAUCCCGAAACCUGGAUUAGUAUGGAUCCAUCUCAGGACUUCAUCCAAGUGCCUGUUUUGAAAGAAGAUAAAAGCUAUAGAACCAUUUAUAACCUGUUUCACAAGACUGUGCCAGAGACCAAAUAUAAAAUUUUGAAAAUUCUGAGAGUGCAAAAUCAGUUUCUUUGGGAGAAAUACAAAAGGAAAAAGGAAUAUAUGUCAAAAAAAAUGACUGGGCUUGACAGGAUAAUGAACGAAAGGCAUUUGUUCCACGGCACCUCCCAGGACGUGGUGGACGGAAUCUGCAAGCACAACUUCGACCCACGCGUCUGUGGGAAGCAUGCCACCAUGUUUGGACAGGGCAGUUACUUUGCCAGGAAGGCAAGCUAUUCCCAUAACUUUUCCAAAAGGUCACCCAAAGGAGUUCAUUACAUGUUCCUGGCGAAGGUGCUGACAGGGAGGUACACGGUGGGUAACCACACCAUGAGGAGACCUCCGCCGGUGAACCCCGGCAGCAUUACCAGCGACCUCUACGACUCCUGCGUGGACAAUUACUUUGAGCCACAGAUUUUUGUCAUUUUUAAUGAUGAUCAGAGCUACCCUUAUUUUAUUAUCCAAUAUGAAGAAGUUAGCAACACUGUCGCCAUUUGAAAACUUGUGCUGCUAAAUUAUUAAUUUUAAUAAACUCUCUUAUCUGGCAUUUGUAGCAGUUUUUGUGGGAAAAAAAAAAAGGACAUUGUAGAACUGAUUAAAUUACUUGCUUGGAAGGAAGUAAAUCUCAAAAGAUAGAAAGGAAGAUCUGAAGUGACCAAUUGUGCACUUGCUGUUUGAUUAUGUAUGUGCAAAUUGUAAAUAUUUUUCCAUUGUUUAUAGUUGAAAAUCUGUGCCUUUUGUUAUAAAACACUGUUUAUUUAUGUUAGUAAAUAUUCAUGUUUAAAA